GCAGCAGCGGUGUCAUCGGCGGCGGAGAAGGAGGAGGCGGAGGAGGAGGCUCAGCUCAGCUCCUGAAACAAACAGGAAGCAGCACCGCUCCUCUCCACCUGUGAGCUGUGUCCUCAGCACACACACCGAGGCAGAGCCCAGCUGAGGCUCCUCACACACACACACAGACACAACGGGCACACACACACGGGAACACACCAGAAGACCUGUGACUGUAACUUCCAGCUGCCUCUUCUCCUGGCGCCUCCUUCACCGAGCUCCCACCGGAGAGAGACUCAAGAUGCAGUGUCCCAGAAGCAAUCCAUUCACCCCCAGUGAGGAGCAGAGGCACAGGAAAUAAGAGACUUAAGGAAAGAGCAGGUCCUUAUGGUUGAGGUGGUGUGCUGUGCCCCUUGCCAUGCCUCCUGCCAUGACAGACCUCCUGGACAUAUGGGCGGCCCACUCGCCCCUGGCCGGACACCCUCCGGCCCAUAUCUCUGUGGACUUUCUGCUGCCCACUGGUAUCUACAUCCAAAUGGAUGUUCCACAUGAGGCCACUAUUCAGCACAUCAAACUGCUAUUAUGGAAACAGGCUCAGACGUUGCCGCUCUUCGCCGGCCUGGGCGAGAUGGAGAGCCACAUGUUCGAGUGUGUCAACCAGGCAGCUGUGCACGAGGAACUGGAGGACGAAACUCGCCGGCUAUGCGAUGUCCGCCCCUUCCUGCCGGUGCUCAAGCUGGUGACACGCAACUGCGGCCGAGCAGAGCGUCUGCUGGACUCCAAAAUCGGCGUGCUCAUUAGCAAAGGUCUCCACGAACUCGACGCUAUCAACGACCAGGAGGUGAAGGACUUUCGCAGUAAGAUGUUCCGCUUGAGCGAGGAGAGGAUGCAGCGAGUCCAGACCAUGACGAGCACAGAGUGGCUGCAGGCCUGCUUCUCCCCACAGCUGGAGCCUGCGGCCGCGAUGCCCGUCACCGAUGGACUCAGUGACCGCUCAGCCGACCUGAAAGUCACUAUCCACUUCUCUCAGUCUCAGGACUCAGCCAGCCUGAAGGUGCCAUCAUCCUGCACCACUACAGAGCUGAUGGAGCUGGCAGUGAAGAAGUGGCUGACAACCCAUGGCCCUGAGGAGGAGGCAUGGAAGAGUCAGUAUGUACUGAGGCUCAGCCAGUGUCAGGAGUUCCUCUGUGGAAACCACCCACUGAUUCAGUACAAGUAUAUCCGCACGUGCAUGCAGGCCAAGGAGUCGCCCCACCUCACCCUGGUCCACACCAGCACCAUCAAUGCCAUGUUUGAAAAGGAAAUCUCCACCAUCGGAGCUGUGGUUUGCCGCAAGUCCUCCAACCCACCUUUACCACUACCUCCCAAGAGAAGGGUUCCCACGCAAGUACAGACGUGUGUGUGGGACGUGUCGAGCCCGUUUAAGAUAGUCCUUGUGAAUGCCUGUAAGGUGAACGCAGAGGAGACGGCCAAGGUCCAGGUGAGGGCGGGGCUUUUCCACGGCACAGAGCUCCUGUGCAAGCCGGCGGUGAGCGGUGAGAGCAGCGGGCGCUCGGACCACAUGUGGAAAGAAAGCACCCUGGAGUUUGAAAUCUCCGUCUGCGAUCUGCCCCGCAUGACCCGCCUCUGCUUCGCCAUCUAUGCCGUCAUGGACAAGGUCAAGAAUAAGAAGUCCACCAAAAACCCUCACACUAACAAGUACCAGACCAUCCGCAAGGCAGGGAAAGUGCACUACCCUAUAGCUUGGGUCAAUACCAUGGUGUUUGACUACAAAGGCCAACUGAAGACCGGAGAUAUCAACCUGCACUGCUGGUCUUCCUUUCCUGAUGAACUUGAAGAAAUGCUGAACCCCAUUGGAACCAUUCAGACCAAUCCGUACACUGAGAACGCCACAGCACUGUUCAUCCACUUCCCAGACUACUCGUCGCACCCUAUUAUCUUCCCUCCCUUCGACAAGAUACUGGAAAAAGCUGCAGAGAUAGUCCGAGCAAGUGACUGUGCACCCAUGAGUCGGGGGGGCAAGAAGUUCCACAUAGAACUGAAGGAGAUCAUGGAGCGUGACCCGCUCUCCCAGCUGUGUGAGAACGAGAAGGAUUUAAUCUGGACACUACGCCAUGACUGCCACGAGAAUUUCCCUCAGUCGCUUCCCAAGCUGCUGCUCUCUGUCAAGUGGAGCAAACACGAGGACAUGGCCCAGCUGCAGGCACUUCUUCAGAUUUGGCCCAAACUGAGUCCCAGGGACGCCCUGGAGCUUCUGGACUUUAACUACCCUGACCAGUAUGUCAGAGAAUAUGCUGUGGGCUGUCUGCGUGAUAUGAGCGAGGAGGAGCUGUCACAGUACCUCCUGCAGUUGGUGCAGGUGUUGCGCUAUGAGCCUUACUAUGACUGCGCCCUCACCCAUUUCCUGCUGCAGCGUGCACAGGGGAACCGCAAGAUCGGACACUUCCUCUUCUGGCACCUGCGGUCAGAGAUCCACAUGCCAGCUGUUUCAAUCCAGUUUGCCCUCAUCCUGGAAGCCUACUGCCGAGGCAGCAUCCCUCACAUUGAGGUUCUAAAGAAACAGGUGGAAGCCCUGAGUAAACUAAAGUCAGUCAAUGAGCUGAUAAAGCUGGGAACCACCAAAAAUGCCCGGAGUAAGACCAAGGAGGCCAUGUUGACCAAGGAGGCCAUGAUGACUUGUCUAAGGCAGAGUGGCUACUCAGAGACUCUGUCCGACCUGCACUCGCCUCUAAACCCCAGUGUCCUGCUGUCUGGCAUUAACGUGGAGAGGUGUCGGUACAUGGACUCUAAGAUGAAGCCGCUCUGGCUUGUUUACAACAACAAGCUGAUGGGGGGAGACACCCUGGGAAUCAUCUUCAAGAACGGAGACGAUCUAAGGCAGGACAUGUUGACUCUCCAGAUUCUGAGGCUGAUGGAUUUGCUGUGGAAGGAGGCAAAUCUGGACCUCAGAAUUGUACCGUACGGUUGCCUAGCGACAGGUGAUCGGGCAGGGCUGAUCGAGGUCGUUUCUUCAGCAGACACCAUCGCCAACAUCCAGCUGACCAGCAGCAACGUGGCAGCGGCUGCCGCCUUCAACAAGGACGCUCUGCUCAACUGGCUCAAGGAGAGAAACUCUGGUGAUGCUCUGGAACGGGCCAUUGAGGAGUUCACUCUGUCCUGUGCAGGCUACUGUGUAGCCACCUAUGUUCUGGGCAUCGGAGACCGUCACAGUGACAACAUCAUGGUCCGCAGCACUGGACAGCUCUUCCACAUAGACUUCGGCCACAUCCUGGGCAACUUCAAGUCCAAGUUUGGCAUCAAGAGGGAGCGCGUACCAUUCAUCCUCACACACGACUUCAUCCACGUCAUACAGCAGGGGAAGACGGGAUACACAGAGAAGUUUGCCAGUUUCCGUCAGUACUGUGAGGAGGCCUAUCUAAUCUUGAGGAAGAACGGGAACCUAUUCAUCACUCUGUUUGCACUCAUGUUGACUGCUGGACUGCCUGAGCUCACCUCAGUCAAAGACAUCCAGUACUUAAAGGAUUCACUGGCUCUAGGUAAAACAGACGAUGAGGCACUGAAGCAGUUUCGCCAGAAGUUUGACGAGGCCCUGAGAGAGAGCUGGACAACCAAAGUCAACUGGAUGGCCCACAACGUGGCGAAAGACAACCGGUCCUAGAGCAGCUAUGGCCCCUGAAAGUACCGGGGUUUUGGGGCCAAGAGGACUCAGUGAAGACACAGUGUGUGAGUGUGAGGGAGAGGAAAUGUGACAGAGGAGACAGUGGCACAUCCACCUAUAUUUAAAGAAGGGAAUCUAGCAGAGUGUCCCAAACAUGAGCAGAUCGCCCCAAUGUACCGUACAUGCAGGGUUAACCUACUCUCCCAGACUGCACAUACCCUCAAUCUCUGCACCCCCCCUCACCUGGAAUCACUCACACCGGCCUGGUGCGUCCGGAAAAAUCCAAAUUCAUGGUCUUGUGACAUUUCUGUGGAAUCAUGGUGGGUAACGUCGCUGCUCAUUUUGCACAGGGACAACAGCUGUUGGAGCACACAGCCAAAGGAAGGGAACUGAAGCACCCACUCUGCCCACACUAAACCUGAACCAGUCCCUAUGCAGCGGGCUGGCGAUAAAAAACACAUUUCGGAGCGGCCGAAUUUGGUGAAACUUUGGUGGCUGAUUUGAGACUCUGCAUGCAUGGACUCUGAAUGGGCCCCUGGACUGCAUUAAGUAUAGCAGAGAUGUCAAAAGUCCCAAAAAAAUCGACACAACAACCCCACGUCUUAAAAAGAAUGUGCCCAACGCCCACAGGAAGUGCAUCUUAACAGUUUCGCUGUCUCAAAGUGUGCCUCAAAACUGCGGGAAGAUUGUAUUUUCUUUAUGAAUUCUUCUGUUUCUUUUGCCAUUUAAGAAUAUCACCAGGCUUCUAUAUGUCAGACUAUUUCAGAAGCCCACAAAAAUUAAAGGUGUGAGGGAAAAAUUAUUAUAAAAGAGAAGGAUUUAUUAGAGAAAAAGACACCCUUGAGCCAUUUGGUCCACUGAACACUGGAAUGUUUUUAGAAAGACGUAUAUUUCGGUUGUAUUUUAAGUAUCUUUUAUUUUGAAAUGACAAUUUGCAUUGUUCAUUUCAAAUGUCUUCAUAUCAGAGAAUUAUUGGACAAAGCGUGAUCCCCUGUGAGUUGUCGCUUCCCCACUCAACAUUAAGUGUAUAAGUAUGUCAGCCUUUUAAAGCGCCCGCCCAAACCAUGAUGAAUAAACUUACUGAGAAAUAACUGAUGCUUUUAACGUGGUAGGACCAAAACAAAAAAGAAAAUGCAUUUGUAAGGUUUAUACUAUGUUUUUAAUGAUCUGCUUCAGAAUUGAAUGUGCAAACAUGUGCCGCUCUCUUUUUAAGUGUAUUUGUUUUUAUACGAGCAAGUGUAGGCCGGGGGGGGGGGGUCUCAGUAGGGACAUUACACUGCAAUGCAAAACUACUUCCCCGUUCCGACGUACGGUGUUUGAUUUUCGUGCAAUAUCCGAGUAUAUGAACCAUAUCCUAUUAUAUAAAACCUUGGGCACAGACCUGAGCCUGUACUGGUUUUGUCUGUUGGUUUAUGUGUGAUGCCGUUGUGUUUCGCACCACUUGCCUUCAAAUGUCUCAGACACUGGAUAUUGUCAAAUAUACAGGCUUUUAUUGUUUUGCUGGUUUUUGUUUUCAUAGGAGUUUUAUUAAAGUUAUUUUCCACUUG